AUGGGAGAUGCUGCAAAACCAUAUUUUGUGAAACGCACUAAAGAUCAUGGCACUACAGAUGAUGAUGAUCUCAGGAGGGGUCACCCCCAACAAGAUUAUUUAAUAAUGGAUGAUUAUGCUAAAGGUCAUAGUGGUAAAAUGGAAAAAGGCCUUUCAGAAAAAAAAGUAACACCAGGGAACUAUGGGAAUACUCCCAGAAAAGGACCACAUGCUGUUUCCAACAAUCCAUAUGCAUUUAAAAACCCAAUUUACAGCCAACCAGCUUGGAUAAAUGACAGCCACAAAGCUCAGAGUCGGAGACGGCUUUCUGAUGAACUUUCUGGCAGUUCAGACAAUCGGAGAGAAUUUAAACCUGCGCCUAGAAUUCCUGUUGUAAACCGACCAAGAAAAGACUCCGUUCAAGAAAGUGAAGAUGGCUGUCGGUGGCAAGAUGGAAGAGGCUGCAGAACUGUAAGACGACAGUUUCAUAAAGAACUAACCAACCUAGAAACUAUGUCAGAAAUGGAAACAGGAAGCCCUGAAAACAAGAAGCAGAGGUCCAGGCCUAAGAAACCAAGGAGAAUAAGAACUGAGGAAAAAGAGCAGGAGGAAGAAUUGGAGGGCCCCGUGAUUGAUGAAUCGGUCCUUUCCGCGCAAGAGCUCUUGGGCUUACAGCAGGCUGAGGAGAGACUGAGACAAGACUGCAUUGACAGGCUAAAACGGCAACCACAAAGCUACCCUACAGCAAAAUACACCUGCCAACUCUGUGAUGUUUACUUGGAAUCCAUUGCAUUCGCUCAUAAGCAUAUCAAAGAGAAAAGGCACAAGAAAAACAUGAAGAAGAAGCAGGAAGAAGAGUUGCUCACUACAUUACCCCCACCAACACCCUCGCAGAUAAAUGCAAUUGCCGUUGCCAUUGACAAAGUGGUACAAGAGUUUGGCUUACACAAUGAGAACCUGGAACAAAGACUAGGAAUUAAACAUAUCAUGGAAAAUGUGUUCAAAAGCAAGUUACCAGAUUGUUCUUUGAGAUUAUACGGGUCAUCUUGUAGCCGAUUUGGUUUCAAAAAUUCAGAUGUAAACAUAGACAUCCAAUUUCCAGCCAUUAUGUCUCAACCAGAUGUCCUCUUGCUAGUUCAAGAAUGUUUAAAGAAUAGUGAUUCUUUUACUGACAUUGAUGCGGAUUUCCAUGCGAGAGUGCCUGUGGUGGUGUGCCGGGAAAAGCAAAGUGGUCUGCUUUGUAAAGUGAGUGCAGGAAAUGAAAAUGCUUGUCUGACGACAAAUCAUUUAACUGCUCUCGGAAAAUUGGAACCAAAACUGGUGUCUUUGGUGAUUGCGUUUAGGUACUGGGCAAAGCUUUGCAGUAUUGAUCGUCCUGAAGAAGGUGGCUUGCCCGCUUAUGUGUUUGCCCUGAUGGCCAUUUUCUUUCUUCAGCAGAGGAAAGAGCCCCUUCUGCCAGUGUACCUAGGAUCAUGGAUUGAAGGGUUUUCAUUAAACAAACUAGGGAACUUCAAUCUUAAAGAUGUUACAGAAGAUUCAGUAGUGUGGGAAUAUGCUGAUGCUGCCACAGGGGACACAGACCCAACCAAAGAAGACUCGCUACCCAGAGAUGUGCCAGUUAGAAAGGGACAGGUACCAUUAAUAUUUGACUUAAAGCACCAGCCUUCAGUACCAAUUGGCCAGCUCUGGGUGGAAUUGCUUCGAUUCUAUGAUUUAGAAUUUAAUUUGGCUGAUUUAGUGAUAAGUAUACGUGUCAAAGAAUCUGUGUCUCGUGAAUCAAAGGACUGGCCCAAAAAGCGCAUUGCCAUUGAAGAUCCGUACUCUGUUAAAAGGAAUGUGGCAAGGACCCUAAAUAGUCAACCCCUGUUUGAGUAUAUACUUCAUUGUUUAAGAACAACAUAUAAAUACUUUGCUCUUCCACACAAAACGACAAAAUCCAACCUUCCAAAGCCUGUGACUGUAGUCCCAGGUACUUCAGAACAUUCUAAAGAAGUAAUAAAUCCUGACCCAGCUGUGCACCAUGACAGCCUUAAUGACUCCAUUUUGACUCAGGGUUCUGGUGCUAUUGCUCCAACUGCGAACACCCACAAAGUCCAGCCACUCGCUCUUAAACAGACUGCCGAUCACCCCAGAGACCCACUAGCAGGGGAAAUGGGAAACACCAGUCUGCAUCAGAAAAGCCCAGACUCUGUCAAGGCAGAAGGCAGUGGUGAUGAUGCUGAGGAUGUUACUGUGUACCAUCAAGUAGCAGAAGGGGAAAAUGAGAAGUUAAAACUUGGGACAGAGGACCCGCAACAUGUGACGGCUCAUGAUCAAGACUUACACAGUGACAGACAUGGAGAAGUGGCCAGCUAUGACAGCACACCUAACAAGAAUGACAGGACUUUGGAUUUGGAGGGUUACCGAAAUCUUACAGUCCGAGGCUGUGAUGGAUUUGUUACUAUGGUUGUCAAAGCUGAUGUUGAUGAAGAAAGCCUAGAAGGUACAGAUGAACUGGAAGACUCCCUAAACCGCUUUGCUCCUUCAGAAAAGAGCCACACAUCAGAAACCAUUCACUCUGAUGAAGAGGAGGAGGAAGAAGAGGAGGAGGAAGAAGAGCCCAGGCUCACCAUUAACCAAAGGGAAGAUGAGGAAGGCAUUGCCAAUGAAGAUGAAUUAGACAAUGCCUGCACUGGAUCAGGGGAGGAGGAUGCCUUGUCUGAAGAGGAUGAGGAAUUGGGCGAGUCUACCAAGUACGAAGACUUGAAAGAAUGUGCAGAUGGCACUCUACUAGUGGAACUGAAUAAAAUAAGCCUUAAGGAAGAAAAUGUAUGUGAGGAAAAUUCAGCUGAGGACCAGUCUGAUCUCUUCUAUGAAUUCAGUAAAGUCAUCUUCACCAAAGGCAAGUCUCCUACAGUGGUAUGCAGCUUUUGCAAACGAGAGGGUCAUCUAAAGAAGGACUGUCCUGAAGACUUCAAGAGAAUCCAGCUGGAGCCUUUGCCCCCAUUAACACCCAAAUUUACAAGUAUCUUAGAUCAAGUUUGUUUCCAGUGUUUUAAAGAUUUUUCUCCAACAAUUUUAGACGAUCAGGCUCGUGAACAUAUUCGGCAAAACCUAGAAAGUUUCAUAAGACAAGAGUUUCCAGGAACUAAAUUGAGCUUGUUUGGCUCCUCCAAAAAUGGAUUUGGGUUCAAACACAGUGACCUUGAUGUGUGUAUGACAAUUAAUGGACGCGAAACUGCUGAGGGAUUGGAUUGUGUAAGAACUAUUAAAGAAUUAGCAAGAUUCCUCAGAAAACAUUCAGGCCUGAGAAACAUCUUACCUAUUACAACAGCAAAGGUGCCAAUUGUAAAGUUCAUCCAUUCAAGAAGUGGUCUGGAAGUGGAUAUCAGUCUGUAUAACACACUGGCCCUUCACAAUACAAGGCUCCUAUCUGCUUAUUCAGCCAUUGAUCCCAGAGUGAAAUACUUAUGCUAUACCAUGAAAGUAUUUACAAAGAUCUGUGAUAUUGGUGAUGCGUCGAGAGGCAGUUUAUCGUCCUAUGCGUAUACUCUUAUGGUGCUAUACUUUCUCCAGCAGAGGAAUCCCCCUGUCAUUCCUGUCCUUCAAGAGAUAUACAAAGAUGAAAAGAAACCUGAAAUACUUGUUGAUGGUUGGAACACUUAUUUUUUUGAUCAAAUCGAUGAGCUGUUCACAUAUUGGCCAGAAUAUGGAAAAAAUACAGAGUCUGUUGGGCAACUAUGGUUGGGACUUCUUCGUUUCUACACAGAGGAAUUUGAUUUUAAAGAACAUGUUAUUAGCAUCAGGAGAAAGAGUCUACUUACAACUUUUAAGAAACAGUGGACCUCAAAAUACAUUGUCAUUGAAGAUCCCUUUGAUUUGAAUCAUAAUCUUGGAGCUGGAUUGUCAAGGAAAAUGAUGAAUUUUAUAAUGAAAGUUUUCAUCAAUGGGAGAAGAGUAUUUGGUAGCCCAGUCAAAGGAUUUCUAAAAGACUAUCGCUCCAAAAUGGAAUAUUUUUUUGAUCCAAAUAUACUAACUGAAGGAGAGCUGGCACCAAAUGAUAGAUGUUGCCGAAUUUGUGGGAAAAUUGGACACUUCAUGAAGGACUGUCCUAUGAGGAGAAAAGUGAGGCGACGGCGAGAUCAGGAGGAUACCUUGAACCAAAGAUACCCUGAGGGCAAAGAGAAAAGAAGCAAAGAGGACAAAGAAAUUCAAAACAAGUACACAGAAAGGGAAGUGUCAGCAAAAGAGGACAAGCCCCUGCAGUGCACACCUCAGAAAGCCAAGCCGCCAAGGGCCCCUGCCAACAUAGCGGGAGAGAAACUCCUUAGGCCUCCACUAGAGAAGUGGAAGAGACAGGACGACAGAGACUUGCGAGAAAAACGUUGUUUUGUGUGUGGAAGAGAAGGACACAUUAAAAAAGAAUGCCCACUGUUUAACGGCUCUCCAGGUAGCCUUUCCAGUAAAUAUAUGGCUCAGGGAAAAGCCUCACAGAAGAGGACCCAACAGGAAUCAUGA